AGUAAACCUGCGCGAGAUUCGAACGCGCUCGCCGUAGGUAGCUUACAUUCGAAUUACCGCGCAAAAGUUUUCGAUUUUCGUAAACGCGACAACCAAUUCGAUUCCUCUAUCAACGCGCAUUUUUAGUGUUGUGCAGAAAAGUGCUUUACUUUUGGAUGGAUGUUCACAAACCGUGCUAUUUUGUGUUAGUGCAGCGUUACAUCGGGCUGUUUCUACUGUGAUUUCGGAAUCAUUUUCGAUAACUCUGGGCAGAGUAUUCGAAAAUGAUCUCGUGACAAUGGCUACGUGACUUCCUGAUCAAUGAUAAAGCAAAUAAAUCCCGAAUGAGUGAGCAUGGAGGCGUCAUCGUCGGACUACAGCGACGAGGAGGUAGGCGUGCUGGCUCGCGGGCAGAGGCUGUGGGUGCGCGGCGUGCGAGCUCAUACUACCUGCGCGGACAUCGUGCGCGCUUUGCAGAACGCACCUGAAGGGGGCAGUGGGCUAUGCGAGCACGGUGAAUGGGUGUUGGCGGAGCGGUGGCGAGGAGUAGAACGGCCUCUCCCGCCUGAUGCGCCUGUACUGCACGUGUUGGCAGCUUGGGGAGACGCCAGGCACGAGGUCCGACUAUCACUCCGUAGAGUGUCCAGCGGUGGGGAGGACGACUCGGGUCGUGACAGCGACGGAGGCAGCCGAAGCGGCGCGAGACGACGACGGAGGCGGGGCCUUAGAACAAGCACCCCGCCCCCUAGAGCUAAGAGCGAAGAUCCUGCCACCAGACUAGUGUCUGUCAUACAACAUCAGAGCAGAACUAUACACCAGCAGCUGGAUAAGUUAAGGGAACAAGAGAAACUGAUAGACCACCUCGAAGACCAGACCCACAAGAGUCGAAUGGAGAAACAUGGCACCAACUACCUAUUGGAGUCAUAUCUUCGCGACCUUGGCAGGUGCAACGAAGUCAAUGACAGCCAAGCAGGAAACAGCGAUAGUGGAGUCGGAGUAGGCAGCGGCACUCCACCCAGAAGACACACGAAACACAAGAGCAGAAGGGAAAGACAUCUCAUGAGAGAACACUAUUUCACGAAAGAACUGACAGACAUCUGCCAAGUAAACUCCGACAGACUGAUGCAAACCCAAAACGACACAGACUCCGAAGCGUCCGCAGACGAACUCUCCAAGAUACGAGACGAAAUCGAACUCCUAGAAAAACUUGCAAUCAUAAACAAGAGAUUGCACCGCGAAGAGGAAUUGGUUGUCCGACUCACGGCGAAAGUAAAAAGGUAUAUGGAUGAAAACAAAGCGAACAGUUGCGAAAACGUCACGCAAGUCACGAUGCUUAUAGACAAGAUAGAAGAAGAGUUGGGAAUGACUGCAAAAGAGAUGCACGAUAACGCUAUAGAGCUAGCGAAGGCUGACAAAGAACUGAAAGUAAGAAUGAAGCUGUUGGACGAAUUAACUUUAGAAUUGGAAGAGGAGGAAUUGCAGAACGCCGUGCUAGAGAGACAAUUGAAUGAGGCUUCGAGUCGGCAGCCGAUUAUACUCCAAGAUAACUAUGUACCUGUUUUAGACCAAGCCAGUGUCUGCCAGUUCGGCCAAGGCCCUGCCUACGUUUUAGACACCCUCGUAUAAUUAACUUUUAUUAAAUAUAUUAUCAUCCCAAAGAUGUGCUUUCAAAUUACCAAUUGUUUUUAAUAAGAUGAGAUGUGCUUGGAACUAUUGUAUUUCCUAUAAAAAGAAUUUGAGUACUAUAUCUCUUUUCCUUUUUCCUCGGCGUAUGGACAGAACAAGAUUCGAGAUUCAAUCAGCUCAGAGCAUGCUUUUUAAAGUAGGUAUACAAUGGAGUCGAUUCUGGCACGAUGCUCUAAACCUAAAACAACAGUGUUUCCUUGUCAUUCUUUAUUCAGACUAAAAAGGCGAGCCUGAUGUUACCAGAAUCGACACCAACAGGGACUUCAAUUGAUUGUAUAAUCUUAUUUACCUACAUGGAGGAGUGAAAGAGAUAGCUAGUACUUACACUUUUGUUUAGAGUAAAUGAUCCUUCUAAAGUCAAAUUAAUUAAAAUUUCAAAAUACUCAAGUUAUUUAUAUCUACCAUGACAAUUUCUACUCAAAAUAAAUAAUACAAAAAGCACACUCAUAGCUGCCUUAACAUUAUGUAGGUACCAAAUUACGGGACAGGUGAUUUUACUCCAAAAUAUGAAUUAUAUUAGAUAUUAUACACAUAAUUAUCCUGUAUUUUAUUUGUAAAUAAAUGUUAUCGAUAUUUAGACAAUAACAUUGGUGCUAAGCGAACGAUGGCGAAAACUUCGUUUAUCGUUAUUCUGUUAGUUAUCACAAAGACUUGGAUUUUUUCUGGCUGAGUUGGAUUAAAAAUUCAAAAUUCUGUAAAAUAAAACAUGUGCAAAAUGUUCCAUGUUUCCAUAAAAACUAUAACUUUAACGUAAUUUUAAUAGAAAUACGUUAUUUAAAAAAAACUGAACUAAAAUUUAGGAUUCUGAUCGUCUAUUUGAAGAUUAAAAAGAAAUAUUUUUAAACCAAUUCUAAUAAGUUGGUAUAAGUCGCGGCAUGAAACUCUAGCGCUGACCGUUAUUGCGCAGAAGUAAAAAUUAAGAUGUCCUGGGGGGAAACGAGGCGCGCGGGUGGGCGUGCGUUGCGCCGAUUAGCUCUCCAGUCGUACCCAUGCGCAGCUAUCCCCUCCGCGUUUUGUUCAGCGCUAGAGUUACGUGCCGCGACUUGUAUAUAAAAUAUGUU